UUUUAGUGAUCAGGCUUGAUAUCGACCUUUUUAUUUACUCGCUCUUGCGAGAAGUGUAUUGUCCGAGCUGUAUAAAGGGUAGUAAAAAGUGUAGAGCAUACAAAGCUAGGGUAAAAUAUAACUGAGAAUUUAGAAGGUCCAUAUAGAAUAUUGGAGUAUUAAACGGAAGAAAACGCGACGAGUAAACCGACAGACACAAAGAAAAAGUGAGAAAAAAAGUAUAACGUGCUAUAGACUAAUAUUUUAUACACAGACCUCAUGGUUAACGCCGUGUAACCGUAUUAUAUGUAUAGCAAAAUGUGCUUCCAGAUUAGUGUUAGUGUUUCUAUUGUAUAGUUAGAGUAGGAGAAAAAUAACCCGAAGAGAGGGAAAUUGGAAGACUUCUACGCCGACUCCGAGUCAGUAAUCCAGCAGUCUGGAGCUGACAUUUCGAACAGUCGGAUUUCUGUAUAUAUUUUAAGUUUCCAUUUUUAAAAAUUAGAAUAUUUACAUCGCCUAGAAUUAGAUCAAUCUGUGAAGAAAUUCAAGAUUGCUCGAGGAAACUUCCCCGUUUUAGUUAUUGGGGGUGGAAGUUUCUAAUAACUCGUAAUUCAACGAGUUCAGAGGUGAAAUUUUGAUGUUUACCUGAGUCUUGUACUUUUAAUAUCACUAACAAAGUCAAACUGUAAAAUCAAUUGUGAAUUGUAAAGAACGAUCCGAUUUUUUGUGUAAAAAAGUGAUCACGUGGAGAAGAAAAGAGAUGAAAGUUGGCUUCUAUUCAUCAAGAGAUUUUUGAUGUAUACGUGAAGUGUAUAAGCCAGUUUUUAAAAUUUCCAAGGGAGGAAUGUCUCAAGGAUCACAGGGAAGACAACCUAGCAGGUGACCAGACGGAAUGGCGACGCGCUCAAACUUAUUUCCGGCGUUGUCGAUCGUCUUACUACUUUCUAUGACAAUAACAACCAUUGAAACCAGUGGGGAUUUGUGUCCAGCUGUCUGCAAGUGUGAAGAUGAGUUUUUACGAGCAUCUUGUGCUUACGCGAAUUUGGAAGUGGUACCAAUUCAGCUAAACCCAGAAAUUCACCACUUGGAUCUUUCUAUAAACCGAAUAACGAGUCUUAAUUUAGGGUUUGGUUUCUAUAACAAUCUUGAAAGUUUAGAUCUAUCUUACAAUAUAUUACACACCUUAGGAUCAGAUAACUUUCUAUUACAAACGCACAUGGAGAUAUUGAAUGUCAGUAACAAUAACCUUCGAACUAUUGGCAGAAAUUCUUUAAGAGGCUUAGAAUCUUUAAGAAUUUUCGAUUUAAAUAACAAUAACAUCACGGAAAUGGAUUCCACAACAUUUCGCCAUACAAGCGAAUUGGAAGAUUUGAAUCUCAGCGGGAAUUCAUUAACAAGCUUACCAAAUGACCUUUUUAAAAAUUUACACAAAAUACGGAAUCUUAAAUUAAAUCGAAACUCACUUCUUGAAGUCCCGGCAAAUAAUCUUCAUCUAGUUCCUAGUCUAGAGAACUUAGAACUAUCCGAUAAUUUGAUUCAAGAAAUAUCUCAUGAUUCUUUGCCGACAUUACGAUCUUUAAUGUCGCUUAAUUUAGCUAACAAUUUAAUCCAAAUUAUAAAUGAAGAAGCAUUUCAACGAUUACCAGCACUUGUGUAUCUCAAUUUAGAAGGUAAUAAUCUCACUUACGUGCCAACAUCCGCUCUAUCGCACUUGAGUCUUUUGUCAAAUUUGAUUCUGUCAAGGAAUCCACUUGAACGAUUAGAUAAUUUAGCUUUUCGUAAUUUAUUUGAGCUUAAAACAAUCGAUUUGCGUGAAUGCACUAUUUUAUACAUCAAAUCUCGUGCAUUUGCGGAUAAUGUAAAUCUUGAAAAAAUAUUUCUUGAUGGAAAUCACGAUCUAAGGCAUUUACCAUCACGGAUUUUAUACUCAGCGAGAUAUUUAACAACAGUCUCACUGCGUCAUUGCAAUUUGUCAAGCCUUGAACCCACGCACUUUCCAGUAGAUGGAUUAAAUCUUUUGCAAAUUGGUGGAAAUCCAUUAAUUUGUAAUUGUUCUCUACAUUGGCUCUGGAAUGUUAUUCACACCACUGAAGAAAACAAUGGAUCAAAAUUGGUUGUAGAUCGUGGAGAAAUUGUUUGUGCAGAUGAUGUUUUUAAUGGCAAAUUAUUAAUGAACCUAACGGAAAGUUCUUUGCGUUGCCGAUUGAGUUCGUUGUAUUUAUCAUUAUUAGCCGCAGGAUGUUUGACGGCUGCUGCAAUAAUACUCAUUUUAGCUGGUUAUAUAACGCGUAAUAAUCGUCGGAAGAAAACUUUCAAUCGUCCUACUCGUCCUGAGUUAUUAGUUUAUGUUGGGUUAAACGAAGAUGUUCCAAAACGUACUCUUGUACACUCACCGAUUAAUCUUGAUCUUUACCGUUCUCCACUUUCAUCAUCAAGCAGAAGAGUUUCUAACACUCAAAGAAGUUCGAAUAAUCACAAUGAUAUGUUUAGCGCUUCGUUCUAUCAAACUCAACCCAAUAAUCGAGAUCUCACUCUAGAUGAUACCUUCAAUGAACCAAUAGAAAACCUGAAUCGAUAUAGAAACUCGGAUUUAGAAAAUUUAGGCGCAGUUAACAAUGAUCCUAAUUUACAAAAGUCAGAAGUUUAUGAUAAUAGCAGUGUUUAUGGAGUACAAAAUUCAAAUGUAAGAUGUCAAAAGAGUACUACGGAUAGCGACUACGAGUAUGAAUAUUAUUCAUCGCCAAUGGUGCUAUCUGCACAAAAGCCUCACAUUGUGUUUGUCUGAGUGUUUACUUUCAAUGAUUUUGUGUAAUUACGAAGAAUGCAGCUGAACUAUAAUAUUUAUGUCUGUUGAAUUUUGCCGUUAUUUAAUGCCGGACCUCAUAGUCAUACACAGAAAGAAGAAUUUCUUGAUGAAAACAAAAUUCUUGGCUCAAAUUUUCGGGUGCCUGAAGGAAGACCGAAGUUGUGUUGGCCGAAGUAAAAAUUUU